GCCGUUCUCAGGGGGCAGGUGUUUACUCAGCUUCUUCCAGUAACUCCAGCCAUUCUGGGGCUCUUGCAUUUGCUGCCAAUACACAGUCCCAAUACACAGUGGACUGUGAUCGCUUCCUGGCCCAUUCUGAGGAAUGAGGUCUUCAUUAUUUGACCCUAUAAAAGGGAAGUAAGUGGCAGAGAGAGAAAGACAAAGGGAGAGGACAACUCUGCUUUCUGCUCUCUCUCCUUCAUCCAAGCAGGAGAAGACUCUUAAACACCAAAGGGACGCUAUUCAUGCCUGCUUGCAAGAGGGAGUGCUUCUGGGCUACCUGAAAGAGCCAUUGCCAUGAUGAAGAACCUGCUCCUUCUGGCUGGGUUAAUGCUACUGAGUUCUCAGGGCAGAGCAGCAUUGCAAGGAAAACAAUUCAUCACGGGCUUCAUGGAGAAUUUUGAGACAAGAUCACCCUCCGAAACAAGUCUGAAGCUGCUCCUCACUGGUUACCAUAACUCUACCCUGGUAACGGUAACAAAGGUCAGAGCCUCCACCCGGAAAAUGGUUUCUGUCCGAGAAGGUGAAGUGCUGGCUGUGCCGGUUCCAGUGACAGCUGAGAUGCAAGGCAGCAAAACAUUUGAUGACUCUAUAUUGAUCCAGGCUGACCAUGACAUUUCUGUUGUCUCAGUGAACAGGAAGUUAUAUUCCAUUGCAAGCAUGACCGUCUACCCCGUCCAUGCUCUUGGCACACUGUAUUAUAUCGUAACCCCACUUGGCACAAGGAGAACGAACUACUUAAAAGAAUUUGCAGUCAUAGCCUGGAAGAAUACAGCAACAGUUGAAGUUUUUCUGACUGGGAAUGUGAUCUUCAAGGGAAGGUCCUAUGCAUCAGGGAGCAAACUCACUGUUAUCCUUGCUGCUUUCCAAGCAGUCCAGCUGCAAAGCUCAGAUGACCUGUCUGGCACCAAGAUUCAGGCAUCAGAACCAGUGGCAGUCUUGACUGGGCACGCUUGCGUCCAGCAGAAUUAUUAUUGUGACCAUGUUGCCGAACAGCUCCUGCCUGUCUCCAACUGGGGCACCACCUUCCUUGUUCCCCCCAUCUCUGUGCAAAGAAAUCCUGAUCUUGUGUAUGUGAUUGCUUCUGAAAGCACUCGCAUUCAUUACCAGUCAGGGCUACUGAAAAGCUUCCAGGACAUGGUUGCUGGGGAAGUCAGCCAGUUUGAGGUCCAGUACCCUGAGGCAUUUUAUAUCUCUGCCAAUGAGGCGAUUCAGGUCCUUUUGUUCUUCACUGGUGUCAAGAUAGGGGACAUUGGCUAUGACCCAUUCCUCAUCAACAUUCCCCCGAUAACAAGCUAUGGCCUAUCCUACUACAUUGAUGGAAUGGAAAAGUUUGAUAACAACGUUGCCAUUAUAGCAAAGAGCUCUGAAGUCAGUCGUAUUACCAGGGACAAAUCAACAAUCAGAGGCUUUCAGUGGAGAGAGAUCCCUGGUUCGCAGUACUCAUGGGCCGAAUAUACGUGGGAUGGGACAACUGGAACCAGCUCCCUUAAGCAUCCUGACACAAACUUUGGUGUCUUGGUCUUUGGCAGCCGAAACUAUGAGGGCUAUGGCUUUGCCCCAGCACCUUUUGGCUCAUUUGAUCCUGCCCCGACCACAAGCCCAAUCAAGCUGCUCUGCCCUGAGAACAGCCACUAUGAGUCCUGUGGAAGUGCGUGCCCAGCUACUUGCGCUGACCGAUUGGCCCCUGCCAGGUGCACCACAUCCUGUGUAGAAACCUGCCAGUGUGAUGAUGGCUACGUCCUCAGUGACGAGAGGUGUGUCCCAGAGGAGAGCUGCAGCUGCACUUACAACGGCCUGACCUACAAGGCAGGGGAGGAGUUCUGGGCCGAUGAGGCCUGCCAUACUCACUGCAAGUGUGAUCCCAAGUCAGGACGGACUUUAUGCCUCAGGUCCUCCUGCAAGGACAAUAAGAAAUGUGUCAUGGUCAAUGGAGUCCGGGGUUGUCAUGUGGUCAGCUACACCACCUGCACAGCCUUUGGGGAGCCACACUAUACCACUUUUGAUGGAAAGAAAUAUGAUUUCAUGGGAACCUGUGUUUAUCAGAUGGUGGGGCUCUGCACUGAGCACCCCAGCCUCACUCCGUUUUUGGUCUCUGUGGAGAACAACAACCGAGGCAGUAAGGCAGUGUCCUACACCAAGGUGGUGACUCUGGAGGUCUACAACAUGACCAUCAGCCUGAGCCAGGAGUACCCAAAGAAGAUCCAGGUCAAUGGAAUCUCUACAGAUCUGCCAUUCUACUAUGAAAAUAAAUUGAAAGCUGGCAUCAUUGGAGUUUAUGGCUUCAUUAAGACAGACUUCGAUGUGAGAGUCAGUUUUGACUGGCACAGUCAUGCCCGGGUCACAGUUCCGGACAUUUAUGCUGAUUCUGUGUGUGGACUCUGUGGCAACGCCAACCACGACUCCAGUGAUGACUUUGAGACACGGGAUGGUGGUCCAGCAACAGAUAUAGUACAGUUUGCAAAUAGCUGGAAGCUGAGGGAGGUCCCAGGUUGCUCAGCAGGAUGUGGCAACAAUUGCCCAGUGUGCAGUCCAGUAGAUGAGCUCAUGUACAAAGGUGCAGGUUACUGCGGGAUUCUCAUCCAAAAGAAUGGGCCAUUCAGGCAAUGCCAUGCAGUCAUUGACCCAACAUACUACUUUGAUGACUGUGUCUUUGAUACUUGCUUGAACAGGGGUCACCGGGACAACCUCUGUAAAGCCAUCGGUGCCUAUGUGACGGACUGCCAGGCUCAGGGCAUCCAGAUUGGGGAGUGGAGACUAUCCACAUUUUGCACUUUUCCUUGUCCCCUUAAUUCCCACUAUGAAAUCUGUGGAAGUGGCUGCCCCGCUACCUGUAAUCAGCUUUCGGCAUCAGAAACGUGUGAGAGUCCCUGUGUGGAAGGCUGUUUCUGUGACUCCGGAUUCAUCCGCAGUGGGGAUGAGUGUGUCCUUCUUACUGAGUGCGGCUGCAUGCAUGAGGGCAGAUACUACAAGAAGGGAGAGGAGUUCAUUCCCACCUCCUCUUGCCAGGAGACAUGCCAAUGCACUGACAUUGGCGCCAUCAAGUGCCAGCAGUUCUCCUGCGGACCACAUGAGGAGUGCAAGGUGCAGAAUGGCAUCCAGGCCUGCUACCCUCUGGGAUAUGGAACAGCUGAAACAUUCGGCAAUCUCCAUUAUAUUUCCUUUGAUGGACGGAGUUUUGACUUCCGUGGCUCUGGCAUGUACACCUUUGUCAAUGUAUCUAGCAAGGAUACCCAGGGGAUGAGGUUCUCUGUGCUGGUGGAAUAUGAGAAGCAGGAUGAUGGCAUCAUUCUACUGAAGUCUGUUGUGGUCUACAUUAAUGGACAUACAGUUGUCAUGCACAGAGGAAUGAAAGGGAAAGUUAUGCUGGAUGGAGAAUUUUACUAUUUGCCACUCAACAGCAAUGAUAGGAAAUCAUCCACAGCGGAGAAAUUUUCUGGUUUCCAGAUCAUCCAAGAAGGAUCAGGAAUAACUAUGAGCUUACUUUCUGGUCUGACUAUCUUUUAUGAUACCACCUCAUAUCUCAGAAUAACUCUUCCCCUUGGUCUUGAGGAACAAGUGAAUGGUCUUGGUGGCAACUUCAAUAAUGACAUCAGUGAUGAUUUCAUGAUGCCCAAUGGAACUUUGACCGAAAAUGUGAAAGAGUUUGGAGCCUCAUGGAAUGUCCCUGUUGCUGGAGUCAGUUGUGCUGAUGGAUGUGUUGAGGAACUCCCUGAAUAUAAUGCAGACCAGGCAAUAAUAUAUGGGGACAAGACUUCCUGUGGAAUGAUUAAGUCUGAGGCAGGCCCAUUCAGUGACUGUCACUCAUUGGUCAGCCCUGCUGUGUACUUUGAGAACUGUCUGUAUGAUAUGUAUGCAGCCAAGGGGGCACAAGAUUCCAUCUGCCAGAGCCUUCAAGCCUAUGUAGCCGCGUGCCAAGCAGCUGAAGCAAAGAUAAUGCAUUGGAGAACAGCCUCAUUCUGUCCCCUCACCUGCCCAGCUAACAGCCACUACGAGCCAUGCGCCAAACUUUGUGACUUCACCUGUGCCAGUUUGUACACUCCGGUCCAUUGCAGAAAGAAUUGCUUUGAGGGCUGCCAGUGCAAUGAUGGCUACAUGUUUGACGGAGAUGUCUGUGUGCCGAUAGACAAAUGUGGCUGCGUGCGGGAUGGUGUCUACAUUGCGGCUGGAAACAGCGUCCUUUCAAGGAACUGCACAGAGCAAUGCACCUGUAGGGCUUCCAACCAAGUCACCUGUGAGGAGACCAGCUGCCAGGACAACGAGAUCUGUGGGCUUAGGAAUGGAGUGCGCAACUGUGAGCGCAAGGAAGGAGAGUGCAAACUCUCAGCAGAGGGCCAGCUCACUUCCUUUGACGGUGCCUCAGGAAAGUACCUCUGCAGUGGAGUUUAUGACAUUGCCUCCGUAUGCGAUGAAAAUGCCGCCAGCUGGUUCAGGGUGGCAGUGAGCAUUGGACAGGAUUGUGACGAUGAGCUGGCAGCUGGGAAAGCCGUAUAUGUUUAUUUCCGGGAAGCCUCCAUCACUGUGAAAAAGAAUAAUAAGAUAUGGAUAAAUGGACUCUCAGUAAAGCUACCACAGAAAGUCUCCAAAGCUGUGUCUGUGAGAAAGGUCGUGGAUGGAAUCCUGAUUGACCAGGCCUCUGAGAUGCAGGUCCACAUUCGUCCUGAUGGGCAGGUGACAGUGAAAGUCCAGGUGGCCCUUGCAGGGAAACUCUGUGCCCCAUGUGGAAACUUCAAUGGGGAUCAUUCGGAUGACCUGAAGCUACCCAGUGGGAAGUCUGUGAAGAAUACUGCUGAGGUCCUUCUUGCUUGGAAGGCCAAGGACUUCUAACAUGAUGACCUCUAAAACCACAGCAGCUGCAAACCCUUCGCUGCCCACUGUCCUCCCCAGGCAAGGCAUCUACCUUCUAUCCCCAAUCACAAAGGAUUGUACAGAAGCAGAUUCCAGGACCUUUGCUUUGUUCUGCAAGUGAGAAGGAUCUUGGAAUUGUUGUAGGUCACAAGCUGAACAUGAUUCAACAAUGUGAUGUGGCUGCAAAAAGGGCAAAUGCUAUUUUAGACCACACUAAUAGAACCAUCUCUUCCAAAUCCUGUGAAAUCCUAGUUCCCCUUUAUUCAGCACUGGUUAGGCCUCAUCUGGAGUACUGCAUCCAGUUCUGGGCACCACAGUUUAAGAAAAAUGCAGACAAGCUGAAAAAGGUUCAGAGGGCAACAAGGAUGAUCCAGGGACUGGAAAUAGGGCCUUGUGAUGAGAGAGAGAAAGAACUGGGCAUGCUUAUCUACAAGAAUAGAGGCUAAGGGGAGAUGUGAUAGCACCUUGCAAGUACUUCACACAAAGGAAGUGCAGGAUCUGUUCUUGAUCAUCCCAGAGUGCAGAGCAUGGAAUAAUGGGCUUAAGCCACAGGAAAUCAGAUUCUGACUAGAUUUCAGGGAAAAUCUCCCGCCUUUUAGAGUAGUACAACAAUGACCUAGGGAAGCUGCUGGCUCUCCCACACCAGAGGCAUUCACGAUGCAACUGGACAGACAUCUGAGAGGGAUGGUUUAACUUGGUGUCCUGCAAGGAGCAGGGGGUUAGAGCUGGUGGCCUUCUGGCCCCUUCCAUUCCAAUGUUCUGUGAUUUUAUAAUUCAAAAUUCUCCAAUUGCUUACCAAAGAGCUGCCAAGUUGAACUGAUGCUUUGUCCCAAGCCUGCAUCGUUUUGGAACAUUUAGGUGAUAUCACGCCCAGUAGCAUCUUUCUGAACAUGCAGAUUGAAGGAUGAAUGUCACAGCCAAGAAAAAGAAGUCAGAGAGCCUGAAGCCAUCUGCUAACUGCACAGAGGCCUAUCCAUGUGCCAUGCCAUCCAGAAGUCCCCAGGAAUUUCACUUGCUGCGCUUCAUUUUCAGCAAAAAUGACUCACUACUGCUAAUGUCCCUGUCAAGCAAUGGAAGUAAUAAAAUUAAAGCUAGCUGUCA